AUGCCCUCCACCUCGAAACCAGAAAAGAAAUGGACUCCUCAAGAAGAUGAGAUCCUUAGAGCAGCUGUGGCUCAAUUCGGGACAAAGAAUAGUUGGCAGAAGAUAUCAGAGCGCCUCCCCGGUCGCUCGAAUAAGAGUUGCAGAAAACGAUGGAUUCACUCAUUAGAUCCGCAGCUGCGGAAAGGGCGAUGGACGGCGGCCGAGGACGCGAAGCUCAAGGAGGCGAUUAAGGAGCACGGCUUGCAGUGGUGGAAAGUGGCACGGCAAAUUGAAGGUCGCACUGACGACCAAUGUGCCAAGCGGUGGAGGGAAAAGCUCGAUCCGUCCAUUUCGAGACGACCGUGGUCUGCACUGGAAGACCAAACGCUGAUGGACGCGUGGCGAAUUCAUGGCAAAAGGUGGAACGUAAUCUCCACCAUGCUGCCAGGGCGACCUGCGGUGCAUUGUCGCAAUCGGUACCAAAGCCUGACACGAGUCUCUCGACGCUCAACCAAUUCCGCAGCGUCUGCAGACUCUUCGACACCUGUUCUGCUUGCGUCGUCCCACGGCCGGGAUUCCGAAGAGGACGUUGACAGGAAACCGUCUAAGGUAAGUUCUCAAUAUCAUAGCAUGCCAUUUGUAUUAACUAUUGGUAGUACGAGUUAG